AUGGAUCUGGAUAGGUCCGGGUGCGUCUGGAUAGAGGAAGAACCAGCGGGACCUUCGCACCGACAGAGGAGCAGCAUGGCGAUGCCGGGCCCCUGCCCCAACAUGAGCAGCCACACCAAGGAGAGAGUCAACAUGGCCAAGGUCACGCUGGAAAACUUCUACAGCAACCUGAUCGCCCAGCACGAGGAGAGGGAGAUGAGGCAGCUGAAGUUGGAGAAGGUGAUGGAUCAGGAGGGUCUGGCCGAUGAGGAGCAGAAACGUAUGCGCCGCUCUCAGCACGCUCGUAAAGAGACAGAGUUCCUCCGUCUCAAACGAACACGUCUCGGUCUGGAGGAUUUCGAGUCUCUCAAAGUCAUCGGCCGCGGAGCCUUCGGGGAGGUUCGUUUGGUGCAGAAGAAGGACACGGGACACGUCUACGCCAUGAAGAUCCUCAGGAAGGCAGACAUGCUGGAGAAGGAGCAGUUGGGACAUAUCCGAGCAGAGAGGGACAUCCUGGUGGAGGCCGACAGUCUGUGGGUGGUGAAGAUGUUCUACAGUUUCCAGGACAAGAUGAACCUUUACCUCAUCAUGGAGUUUCUACCAGGAGGCGACAUGAUGACGCUGCUGAUGAAGAUGGACACUCUGAGUGAGGAGGCCACACAGUUCUACAUCGCAGAGACCGUCCUCGCCAUCGACUCCAUCCACCAACUGGGCUUCAUCCACAGAGACAUCAAACCAGACAACCUGCUGCUGGACUCCAGGGGUCACGUGAAGCUGUCGGACUUCGGUCUCUGCACCGGACUGAAGAGAGCUCAUCGAACCGAGUUCUACAAGAACCUGAACCACAGCCUGCCCAGCGACCUCAGCAAGCAGACUCAGAACAUGAACUCCAAAAGGAAAGCAGAGACCUGGAAGAGGAACCGCAGACAACUGGCCUUCUCCACUGUGGGGACCCCAGACUACAUCGCCCCAGAGGUCUUCAUGCAGAACGGGUACAACAAGCUCUGUGACUGGUGGAGCCUGGGGGUCAUCAUGUACGAGAUGCUCAUAGGUUACCCUCCCUUCUGCUCGGAGACGCCUCAGGAGACCUACAGGAAGGUGAUGAACUGGAGAGAAACCCUGACCUUUCCCCCUGAAGUACCCAUCUCUGAGAAGUCCAAAGAACUGAUCCUCCGAUUCUGCUGUGAGGAGGAGCACCGAGUCGGAGCAGUUGGAGUCGACGAGAUAAAGACCAACGCCUUCUUCGAGGGCGUGGACUACGACCACAUCAGAGAGCGUCCAGCUGCCAUCCCCAUCGAGAUCAAGAGCAUCGACGACACCUCACACUUCGAUGAGUUCCCAGACUCUGACAUCCUCCAUCCAGGUGAGAGACCAGCCACGUCUGUGUCGAACCAGACGGAGACGGAGCUGAAGAACAAGGACUGGGUCUUCAUCAACUACACGUACAAACGCUUUGAGGGUCUGACGGCCAGAGGAGCCAUCCCCUCCUACAUGAAGUCCAGCAAGAGAUGA